UCCUAUAUUCUUUGGUGGGGUGGUUGGGGGGGGAGGCGAUGGGACGGCUCGGAGGAGGAGGAGGGGGGAGAUUACAUUUGUCACAGACGGUUUUCAGUCCAAGCGCGGUUGCCAGGAAUACAACACACACACACAUAUCGGCUAAGUCAACAGCAACUACCGCAGCCGCAACAACAAGCGCCACUCUAAGCGGCCAGAUAGUGAGGCAAUACAGUCACGGAGUACAAGAUAGAGAGAUGGGACGGGGAGAAGGUAUAUCGUGGUCGAUAAUAUUAGGGAACGGAGUAUGAGGCUACGUAUGUAGCGAGCGGUGUUUGUGAAUAGUUUGAAGAGUAUUAUGUGCUGUAAGCCCCUGCGAGUUUGCAGACACGGCCACGGCUGCGUUAAGACUUUAAGUCAAACCCUCAGAAAAUAGAAUCUUAAAUACAUCUCACACUAAGUGCUGGUGACGACUGCUGUUGCUGGUGAGGAAGCGAGGUGGCAGAUCUUGAACACCGACGCAGGUGCCAUGGCAACGGUGAUGGUGAAUGGACUGCGGGGGCUAGGAUUUGUGAAUGGUGGGACCGACCUCCUGACGUCGGGAAGACGCAGAGACCCAAAACAUCACCAUCGUCAUCAGCAGCAGCAGCCGCAUCAUCAUCAGCAGGAGCAGCAGCAGCAUCGUGAUUUCGAGAGGAUGUUGCAAGCUGUGGCGGCCUGGAUGACACAAUGGGACCACUCCCAACGCUGCUCCGUGCUCCGUGAGCUCGUGCGCUGCGGCGGCCCGGCCCAAGCGCAGCUGCUGUGGACCGCGCUCCAACCCGCGCUGCACCGCGACUUCAUGUACACGGGGCAAAGGGCUUUCCCCGGCUUCUCCUUUGCUCCGGUCAGCACGGAGUGGACGCGCAAAGCCAGGGGCAGGGUGGGACGUGGCUGCCCGGGCGGUGCCCCGUGGGUUUACCGCGAGCCCAGCGUCAUCCUCGCGGAGCGCGGAGAGCGCGGAGUGACGGCGCCACCUGCCGCCCAGGGGCCGACAUACCCGCACAGAGAUGUCGACUGGCAGCGGGCAGCUGCAGGUGCUGCUGCUGCUGCUGCUGGGACUACGACACGAGGCGACGAGAAGGGGCCGAGCUUGAGGAGGACAGGGGGCCUCGUCCUGCCGGCGCUGCACACGCGCACGGGGAAGGUGGACCUCAACGACCGCUCCCCGGCCACAGAGCCCCCCACUUGGGGGGGGUUCUCUCGCCAGCAGCGACGUCUGUUCCACUGCUACGAGCGGCGCUGGGACGACGUGCUGCGAAACCGUUUCCUUCGCUGGCUGCUCCCAGUCCUGGACCCGCGCCAGCUCUACUUCCUGUCCACGCUCCUCGCGGCGAAGAACCACCGGGACUUCGUGGCUCUGCUGCCGGAGAGCUUGGCCCUGCGAAUCCUGAGCUUCCUGCCUCCCAGGGACCUUCUCCAAGCAGCAGGGGUGAGCAGGGCCUGGCGUCGUCUCUGCAAUCACGGCUCCCUGUGGUUUCCUGGAUGCGUACGGCUGGGCGCAGCCACGGCGCUCGACGUGACGAGCUCCUCCUCCUCCUCCUCGUCGUCGACGCGCUGGCGAGCCGCCUACUGGCGCGCGGUGCGCACGCGGCGCAACUGGGACAAGGGCGCCUACAGGCAGCGCCUGCUGCUACGCGGGCACGUCGGCACCGUGGCGAGCGGAGGCCGCGACGGCACGGUGCGCGUGUGGGAGGCGCCGAGCGGCCGCUGCGUGGCCGCGCUCUCGGGCCACGGCGGCCCCGUGAGGGGCCUCGGCUUCCUGUGCGACGGCCUCCUCGUCAGCGGCUCCCGCGACCGCACGCUCAAGGUGAAGGUGUGGAGCGGCCGUCACUGUCACCUGCGCCACUCCCUGCUCGGACACUCGCGCGCCGUCUUCGCCGUCGACCUCAGCUCGGACGGGUCGAUCAUCGCCUCGGGGUCAGCCGACAAGGGUGUCCCCAAGGGUGUCCCCACGGGUGUCCCCACGGGUGUCCCCAAGGGUGUCCCCAAGGGUGUCCCCAAGGGUGUCCCCAAGGGUGUCCCCACGGGUGUCCCCAAGGGUGUCCCCACGGGUGUCCCCAAGGGUGUCCCCAAGGGUGUCCCCAAGGGUGUCCCCAAGGGUGUCCCCAAGGGUGUCCCCAAGGGUGUCCCCACGGGCGAGCAUCGCCGCGGUUAG